UAAACAAUAAAAACCCAGACAGUCACGACAGCAUCAGCAAUUUUCAAAACUCUACUUGAAAAUGUCGGCUUUAAUUAGCAUCGUAUUGUUAGUCAGCAGCUUGGUAAUGUGUUACGGUAUACAAAUGGAGAUGAAGAGAGAAUUAUUUUACCAGGGCAGGGAAUUGUUUUGUGCACAGCUCCAGUGUACAGAAAACAUAGGAGAAGACACUCAGAUAUCAGCUCUUAUCAACAUGUCAAUCUAUGAGAUCAACGAACCAGGGACGAGUCUUCCACUAUCGUCUAUCUCAGAAUCAGAUUCUAAAAUCCGAGAUUUUAAAGUACCAGGGGUAUUUUCUGAUGGGAAAAUAUCAAAGCAUAGCGGAGAUCUGAACUUGUUUCUUUCAAAUGAAACAGCUUGUCACGAAAAGAUGUUUAAGUGUGAGAUAUAUUUCACGUAUAAGACAGGGAGUAUUGGGUUCGUUGAAGAAAAGGUUGCUGCGCUCAGCAAAGAGAAAGUGAGAAGAUCAGAUUUAAUGAUGAGUUUAAAAGCUAAGACUCUGAACUAUGUCAAAACUGUGGACACUAUGGCCGAUUUCUUGAAAUCGUUUGAAGAUCCAGGGAAACUUAAAGGGGCGGACAUGUCAAUGUCACUACAGAUGUCACAUACAAGCAGAGAUGACAACACCGUGGACAAAGUUAAAUCUAACAAAGAGAUUACAGAUAAUACUAACCAAGAUAAAACUGAUAAUGAUAUGGACACGGUUAAAAAAAGAUUAAACAGUUUAACAGAACAAAUGCAGGUGAUUAUGGAAAGAUUUAAGAGCUCAGACCAAUUACAUUUGAACACAACAGAACAAUACACGGACAAGAAAGUAAAGUACAAUGCAACACUUUGGACAAAAGAAAUGUGUAGACAAGGCCACGAUUCUAAUUCGCCAAGCAGACAGCUAGUUCAGCUGGACGAAUCCAAGAUAACUUUAUGUGACACAAAAACUGACCACGGAGGAUGGCUUUUGAUACAGCGUCGUGUUUUGGGUGAUGUAAACUUCACCAGGGGAUGGGAUGACUACAAACAUGGGUUUGGUUCAAUGGCAGGAGAUUUCUGGCUUGGUAAUGACUGGAUCUCAAAACUUACAAUGAUGGGCUACAAUGAGUUGAGGGUCGAUAUGAUUAUUGGAAGCACAAAUCAAUUCGCAGAGUAUUGCGAUUUUAAAGUCGACAACGAAACCGCCAAGUAUAAGAUUAGCUUAUCGACGUUCAGGGGCAACGCUUCAGAUGCUUUAAUCGCCCACAAUGGUAUGAAGUUCUCCACGCCUGACAGUGACAACGAUGAAUUCGAAGGCAGCUGUGCCCAGACUUACAAGGCUGGAUGGUGGUUUUAUGGUUGUGUUGCAUCAAAUCUAAACGGAAUCUAUGGUGCUUCUAGCUCAUAUGGAGUUUAUUGGAGUGGAGAAGUUAAAUCAGUUGAGAUGAAACUACGUAAAAUCUAA